AUGCACCUGCACAGAUAUGGCACUUCAGUCUUGUCCUCUCCCUCCCUCUCAUUUUCCUUUCAAACAGGCAAAAACUUCCACCUGGCGAAUAGAUUGGCAGCCCCCGAUGCCGAUUACCUAGCAGAUGCCCAAGAGACAGAGCAAAGGUCUCUGGUGCCUGAAGGUCGGGCAGAGCAAGGAUUAUUUGGUGAAGUACAGAACAGGACCAACGCAGGUGUGCUUCUGAGAGAAUCUGCGCCACCUCUGGCAGAUCCUUGUGCCCUGCCAAUGGACGAAGGCUCCUGUCUACAGUACACUGUGCUCUGGUAUUACCACCAGGCAGCCGACAAGUGCCGGCCUUUUAUAUUUGGAGGCUGCGGAGGGAACGCCAAUCAGUUUCCAUCCAAGUGGAAGUGCGAGCUGUGGUGCAAGAAGACUACAGGAUGAUGACCGGUUGAUGGGAACGAGGAAGCAGCACCAACCAGGACUCUACAUUUGGCAAAGGGGGUAGUUGGACAAAGGCCGGGUUUUGUUUUUUGCCACUUACCUGUUCUGUGAACAAGGGAGAUACCACUUGGAGGAAAAUAAAUCCAUUGGGAAGGGA